GCGUGGUCGCUCUGGAAAGCAGGAGCUCUCGACUCAGAGGGCGCACAUUCUGCUAAAGUGACCGAGCUGCCGCUAAAAUGCUCGUGUUAUUCGAGACCGCCGCUGGAUUUGCGAUAUUCAAGGUCCUUGAUGAAGCCAAGCUGAAACAGGUUGACAGCCUGUAUAAGGAGUUUGAAACUCCUGAAAAAGCGAACAAAAUUGUGAAGCUGAAGCACUUUGAGAAGUUCCAGGACACAACAGAGGCCUUGGCAGCUGCCACUGCCCUUACAGAGGGAAAAAUUGGCAAGAGUUUGAAGAAAGUGCUCAAGAAGGUUAUGGCAAAGGAAGCUCAUGAACAGCUGGCCAUCAGCGACGCUAAACUCGGCGGGGUCAUCAAAGAAAAGCUGCAACUGAGUUGCGUCUACAACUCUGCCGUGGCCGAGCUGAUGCGGUGCAUCAGGAGUCAGAUGGAGAGUCUCAUCACCGGCCUGCCUUCAAAGGAGCUCAGCGCCAUGUCUCUCGGAUUAGCUCACAGUUUAUCCCGCUACAAGCUGAAGUUCAGUCCAGACAAAGUGGACACUAUGAUUGUGCAGGCCAUCUGUCUUUUGGAUGACCUGGAUAAAGAGCUCAACAACUACAUUAUGCGCUGUAGAGAAUGGUACGGCUGGCACUUCCCCGAGCUGGGAAAGGUAGUCACUGACAACCUGGUCUACUGCAAAUCUGUCCGCAAAAUAGGCGACCGCACGAACGUGGCUGGCUCCGACCUGUCCGACGUCCUCUCCGAGGAAAUCGAGGCCGAGGUCAAACUGGCUGCCGAGAUCUCCAUGGGAACAGAAGUGUCGGAGCAGGACAUCACCAACAUCAGGCACCUGUGUGAUCAGGUCAUUGACAUCUCGGAGUACCGCACUCAGCUGUACGACUAUCUGAAGAACCGAAUGAUGGCCAUCGCCCCCAACCUGACUGUGAUGGUGGGCGAGCUGGUCGGAGCCCGUCUCAUCUCGCAUGCGGGUUCCCUUCUGAAUCUGGCCAAGCAUCCAGCCUCCACGGUACAGAUCCUCGGAGCAGAGAAGGCUCUAUUCAGAGCGCUGAAGACUCGCAAAGACACACCCAAGUAUGGUCUCAUCUACCAUGCGUCCCUCGUGGGCCAGACCAGCGUCAAGAAUAAGGGCAAGAUCGCCAGAAUGCUGGCAGCUAAAGCGGCCCUGGCUAUUCGCUAUGAUGCCCUGGGAGAGGACACCAACACCGAUAUGGGAGUGGCGAACAGAGCCAAGCUGGAGAUCAGGCUGCGCCACCUGGAGGAGAAAGGAAUCCGAAGGAUUAGUGGAACAGGCAAAGCAAUGGCAAAGGCCGACAAAUACCAGCACAAGAGUGAAGUGAGAGUCUACGAUCCAUCCGGGGAUUCUACUAUUCCCUCCACCUCAAAGAAGAGGAAGUUCGAGGAGGUAGAAGAGGCUGAAGAGCCCGUAACGCCGACGGUCAAAUCCAAAAAGGCCAAAAAGCAACCAGUAAAAGAAGAAGAACCAGCAGAAGAAGAAAUGGCAGAGGAGACGCCCAAGAAGAAGAAGAAAAAGAAGGACAAGACGGAGGAGAAAUCCGAAGAGGAAGAGGUCGCAGUUACAGAGUCAACAGAAAAGAAGAAAAAGAAGAAGAAAAAGAUCAAGGGGGGAGAAGAUGAGUGAAAUAGUGGGGAUUGUAUAUAUUUUACGUUUUAGUCUGUCAUUUUAGUCUGUCAUACAUUUAUAUCUACUGAGGGUAAAGCUGUAUUGAGUGCCUGUUUCUGGACCAAGAGAAAAAAGUGCACAUUAAAGAACCAAAUCAACCUGAGAUCUCACUUGAUGUCGAAGGUGUGGUUUAAAACCAUUGGAUUUCCAGUUAUUCAAUGAGUGAAAAUGUAAAUAUAUUUUUUCACAAUGUUUUAUGGUUGCUUCUUUCACUUGUAAACUGUUCUGCAUUAGACGCAUGUAUUAAAUUCAGCAAGACUCCCCCAA